AUGCCCUUUGCAUCAGGUGACGCUGGCAAGGGUGCUGGUCUCUUCAAGACGCGUUGUGCGCAGUGCCACACCGUCGGUGCUGGGGAGCCCAAUAAGGUUGGCCCCAACCUCCAUGGUAUUUUCGGCCGUAAGACUGGCCAGGUUGAGGGCUUCUCAUACACCGCUGCCAACGUGAACAAGGGUAUCACAUGGAGCGAGGAGACGCUGUUCGACUACUUGGAGAACCCCAAAAAGUAUAUCCCUGGCACUAAGAUGGCGUUCGCUGGUCUCAAGAAGGAGAAGGACCGCAACGACCUCAUUACCUGGUUGAAGGAGUCGACUGCGUAA